AUGGACUAUUACUUGUUGAUUUCUUAUUACCUACUGUUUCCUCUGACUUUAAUCCUUGUAUCUCUUCCUCUCAUCCUCCGUCGUCGGAAUUCGGUCCCGCCAGGCACCACCGGAUGGCCGGUGCUCGGGGAGACUUUAACGAUGUCCCGUAACCCCAAGAAAUUCAUCUUUGAUAAGAUGAAGAAAACCUCGAGCAAAGUCUUUAAGACGUCUUUGCUCGGGGAGAAGACCGUAGUGCUCUGCGGUCAAGAGGGAAACAAAUUCAUCUUCUCAAACGCAAACGGGAGCCUAAAGAAAUGGCUCCCCAAGUCUUUGUGCAAGUUAUUGACAGGUACCACAAACAUCGAGUUCAAUUUUGGUUUCUUGCACCAAAUCAUGAAACCGGAAUCUCUCAAGAAAUAUGCACCACUCAUGGACUCCGUGGCUAGGGAGCAAUUGCGUUUACACUGGACCCACGGUCAAGUCGUGAAAGUGUUCCCACUUGCCCGUCGAUUCACCUUCGGACCUGCCCGGGACGGCCUAUAG